AUGUCAUGGAUCACAAGAAGGUCGGAGCUCCAUACACAUGACUGGGGCUUGCUCGAGUUUUCGCCACGACGCAGCGAAGCAUUCAGAAUUUACAGACCAUUUGAGAUCUCUCAUUCGAACAACUUUUGUUCUCUCACCUCUAACAACGGGCCCAAUCGGCAAGCAAAUCGGCGGUUCCUUGCGAGUGAGGGUGGCAUCCUCCAAUGGUUAGAUAGUAUUGACCCCGAGGGUCAAAAUCAGGAAGCCUCUUGCAUAAAUUUGAUCAUGGCCUCAAAAACCGACUCACUUGAUGAGAUCCCAUUCACGCAGACGGGAUUCGAGACGAUAAUGAACAAGCUCAUGGUUCAUGGGUCUAUUGUGAGAGCUAUCAAUCGCAAUACAAGCUGUGCUUUCGUUACUAUUCCGUUUACAUGGAACCUUGCGAAUGCGGCCAUUCCAUCUAUUAUAUACAAUUGCCGAACUUCCGCUUCUUGGGAUGGGGAUAUGGCCCUCUCUGUGACAUUCCUCCCCAGAACCUUAACAACUAACGCCGUUUGGUAUGGAUGUGACUUGUCGAAGCGCAAGUUUCACGGAGAUCUAAUCACAGAUUCCGAGCUUAUUUGCGGUCAGUUGGAAAACUUUGACGGAGACGUACUGCACCCGAUGAUUCUUCCAGUGGUAUUCGCAGGAUUUGAGAGGGAGAGGCACAUUGGUACAGUGAGGAAGUGCCUGACACAGUUUGUUCAGCGAAUCCAUGACCUAGCCUCCCCGGGCCUCCCAGCAUUACACAAUGACGAAAGCUCUUCGAACAACAAGAAGAUCAAGUCCGGAUAUGGCUUGCCAUUGGCCAAGGAAGGAUGCUUAACGUCGUACUUUCGACUGGUAUCAAGACUCUUUCACUCAAAGGCUGCCAAGACUGUUCCCCCGCCAAAGACAAACUCGCAUCAGACAGAAGAAGAGCAAGAGCCUGCUGUCCUGUUGUGGCAAAACAUUAGUUUUCUGAGGAUUGGGCUCCAGAACUGGCAGACUCAGCUCCGCAAGAUGAUCCAUCAAAUUCAUCAACUGAACGAUGCUGAUUACGGCGUUGAACCUGCAGACGGAGACCUCAAGAACCAGAACAGAUCACGUUGUCUUCAGGAGGUGGGCGAUAGACUGGAGACAAGGAUUCAAGACCUCGUUGAAGAAUAUGACGAGUACAUUAGACAAUGUACACACAUUAUGGAUGGCCUGACUUUGGCAACACAACUGGAACUGAACAACAUUGGCCGUAAAGACGCAAGAACCAACCAGAAAAUCUCUCGCGUGAGUCUUGAGGUUGCGCAAAUGACUCGCCUUGAUGGUAAUCUGAUGAAGUCUAUUGCAAUGCUGGGCAUGGUCUUCCUUCCUGCAACCUUUGUCUCUACGUUCUUCUCCAUGGGCUUUUUCCAGUGGACUAGUGAAGAUGGGGAACAAAACGAGUUAUUGUCGCCAUAUUUCUGGAUUUAUGUCGUUGUUGCUAUUGGCUUAACUGUCUUUACUAUGUCUAUAUUUUACAUCUGCACCUUGAGAGCAACCUUAUCCAUAGUCGGUGAUGAUCAAGAUCUCGCUUGA